CCCCACGUUCUUUAGUGAUGACAGACUCAAUUUGACUUACCAUUGUGAUUCGUAAUAAGAUUUCUAGUUCAGGUGUCAGGCAUACAUAAUUUGUAUCCUUUUGUACCGUUUUUCUGCCCUGAGCUCUGGAUCAAAGGUGUUCGUGAUAUGUGACGCUUUCUCCAGCACAUCAAUAAGAUAGGCAGGAUAAUCUUUAUAAGGGUCAGAAAUUUCUGUCUACCACACAGUCACAUUUGACAAGUAGUGGAGGGCAGGAUGGUCAAAGGAAAUAAGACUUCCGCUGAUGUGGAUAACGAUGAGUCGUCUCAAGGAAUAAUUCCAGAGGACGUGGAGUGGCUCACAAACAUCAUGAAUGAGUUUGAGAACACCGACAAGAAAAGCAGAGUGGUCUUCCUGUCUUCAAAAUCUCGAACGUACUUUCCCGAAGACCCAGGAGUUUCUCGUUUUGCCAUUGAGUACGCCAUGAAUUGUGCUCCUGGAGAUGUUCCAAACCCAAAGUACCUUCCUUGUGAAAGUAAAUUGUGUGCCGGUGGGAUUAGUAACAAAGGGUAUCGAAUCGGCGGACUCUCCGGUCCUCGAUUUGCCAAAGACUUUCUGCAAAACAAUCCAGCCCCGAAUGCGUACCAACAAUGGGUUGCGGUUCCUCUGCCACGAAAGAAAAUCAAGAUAAAGAAGGAGCUGCCUAAAAAAUCCAUGCCUGGCAUAUCGCUCGAGGAGGGGAGAAGGGCAUCAGAAUCCGAUAUUUUGCAAGAAAUGUCAACUCAUUUGGGAAGUCACGCUAAAAUGACACAAGAAGAAUUGAGAAACUUGUGCUUGCAAAGUUUCAUCGGAUUUGGUAGCCAUUUAGCAGUCACUCGCUUUAAAAAGGAAUCAAAGUUUCAAACAGUUGGAGUGGGUUCCUACGACUUGACACGGAAACCUGGAGAAAUUCGCAAAGCAUGUUCUUUUGGCAAAGACCCUGUCAGGCUGAUACCCCCCGCAGUUACCAGAUGCAACUACAAAGGGCACGACAAAUGUUUCGAGUGCGAUGAACUACUUCGUUCAGACUACUAUCGGACUCUAAAGAGCAUCAGAAACCCAUUUUACAACAUAAAUCCGUAUGACCGGGUGAGGGCGCAAGAUUUGGACAGCAUUUACCUCAAAGAAGGAAACAGCAUCGCAGAUCACCUGAAUCGUAAGAUUGUCCAACUUUGCCUCUGUCGAAAAUGUUACUGUCGAGCUGUACGUGGCGACAGCAAAUUUUGGAAUGCGGCAGACAUGCCGAGACUCUUUACCAAAACCAGACAUUGCUCAUACAUUCAUGACCACAAAAAUAUUCCCAUUUUCACUCACAAAACCGACUGUCGCUUCAUUCGCAAAUUGCAUAGAAAAGAAAUCCUCAUGUCCAAGUAUUACAAGGAUGCUUGUGAACGUAUUAUUAAGAACAAGUAUUAGCCGAUCAAAAAUUAAUGUGUAUGCAAAUUUG